CUUUUUCUCUGUGAAUUAUUUCACUUAGAAUCAUCGUACCUAAAUCCACUCUUAUGCUGCUGCUGGCCUUAUUACAUUGAUUUCAUGGCUGAGUGAUAUUCCAUUGUCUUAGUAGAACGAAGACCAACCGCCCGAUGACCCGCUAACGUUCCACCCGUCGUCGACCGCGGCUCCGCUCACCUUCCGGGCCCGUUAAGGCCUUUGUCGUUGUCCGGACGAGAAUUCUCAGUGAAAAUGAUUUGACUGAAUUACAUAAGGACUCAUUUGAAGGCUUGCUAUCCCUCCGAUAUUUAAAUUUUUCCUGCAAUAAAAUACCGUCUAUUGUACAACGUACAUUUGAACCACUACCUUUUCUGCAGUUUAUAAUUCUCAAUCGUAAUCCUUUGACCACAGUUGAAGAUUCUUAUCUUUUUAAAUUGCCAGCAUUAAAAUAUUUAGACAUGGGAACAACACAAGUGUCACUUACAACAAUUGAAAGCAUCCUCAUGAUGACCCUUGAAUUGGAAAAACAGUUCUUACCUAGCCGUAUGGCCUGCUGCCUCUACUAAUUUAAAAAUAUUAUUGAGGUUGUCUGAAAGACAGUCAGGCUGCGUUGUGAUAGUGGAUGCCUGACAGACGUCACACGUUGUGUCUUCUCCAGUUUGGCCUUCUGUAUUCGGUCCGACUCUUCCCAAACGCAGCAGUGGGCAGUCCUGGGUUCUCUGCCAUCAUCAAGUUUUACUCAGCAAGGGAUGCCCACAGAGCCCAAAAGGCAUGCGACCAGAAGCAGCUUUUUCACACGUCUCCAGUGAAGAAAGUGGUAAAACAGCUGUGGCAUAUAGACCCUGUGAAGAGGUCACAGAUGCUAGAACCGAAGAGGAACUACAGGAUUUAAUUCAAGUCAGCUACUUUUCUUGUCAGCCGUGUGGCCAAAGGGAGCAGGAAUGUCUCUCAGACUUCAGCUUUGAGGAAGAAGAGUUCAGAUUGCCAGAACUGGACUAGCACUUUUGAAUUUCCCAGAAUGCCAGUCCAGAUGUUGGCCCGGCCUCAUCAGGAGUUGACUGAGAAUGGGGUUCCAUACCCGGACACGGAUUCGGUUGGAGAGCUGCCUACAGGGCCAGAUCAGUUUGCUGUUCCACAUCAGGAUCUGAAUAACAAGCAAACCCAACAUCAAAAGCUCCCAGAGGCAGUUCCAGUGCUAGACUGGGAUCAGAAUCAGCCCUUGGUUCUCCUUUCUCGACACAAAAGAUCUUACCUAACCAUAUGGCCUGCUGCCUCUGCCAAUUUAAAAAUAUCAUUGAGGUUGUCUGUAAGAGAGUCAAGCUGUGUUCUGACAGAGAUAUGGAAUCAAUAUUAUUACCUUUCAUUCAAUACACAAGAUGGAGAUAUGCCACUGGGCAUUUUGAAAAUCAAUACAAGGAGCCCUUCUGUUAAAGCUGUACCCAACAAUUCAACUAAUAAAAAUAAAUUGAAGAAACUUCACAUUCUGGAAAAUUUGGUAGAUGCAGAAACCGAAGAAAAAUUUGAUGAGGUUAAAAAGGAAGAUAAACCUGCCACGCAUAUGCGUUCCAACCAUUUAAGUGCCAUGUUUAAACUCUACAUCUUUGAAAAGAAAUUGGAAGCUGCCCAACCAGAGAAAGACAGCCUAGCAAAGACUGAGAUUACAGAGAAACACCUGCUGAGAGUGAACAGGGGCCUCAGGGGCCCAAGGGGCAUACAGAAAAUGCACCUCAAAGCAGUGGGAGAUGAGAGCGUCAGGAGGAAACAGAAUGCCCAGCAAUCUGUGGCGAACACUGCCGAAGAAAGAAGGCUCAGGAGGCCAUCCCCAAGAAAGCUGAAACAGCUUCUCAUGGUGCAGAGGCCCAGAAAGCUGGUAGGAAAGUCGUCCAAUGCAGAGUCUUCAUUCACAAAGGAACACAAGGCAGCAGGCUCCUCUUCCCUGAAACAGUCCUUCAAGGGCAGGCCUUCUGCCUCCAUCCCUCCAAAAUCCCCAUCUGAGGUUAAAAGCAAAUCAAAAGACUUAUCCCACACUAUUUUUGUUUUAGAAGCUGUAAAGGCUAGAGUUAGAAAUAUUAAGGCUCCUGAACUAAUCUCACAUUCUGGGAAAAAAUACAUCUUCCAUAAAACUCAGUCUCAUCGGGUCCACAGAAAACCAAAGUCAAAAGGAGUAGAAAACUUUGAAAAUGGACUGCUCAGAGACCCACGUGCACUGGCCUGUGCCAACCUCAUCUCUAAAACAGGCCUCCUGAUGAAGCUUCUCAGAAAGCAGCAAGAAGUAAGUGUUUCCAAAGCGGAAUGGCAUACGGACCAGUGGAAAACUGACAACUAUAUCAGUGAGAGCACAGAAGCCCAGAGUGAGCAGAAAGAGCAGGAGUCAAGUGAGCUCACAGAAGAAGUUCCAGGAUAUGGCUAUAACAACAAAGUCAUCUUGGCAAUAUCUGCAGAGGCCCAGACUCAGCAUCCAGAGCCCACUGAAGAGGUAGAACCACCUCCACUUCAGCAGGAGGCUCCAUCUCAGCCUUCAGAGGCCCCUGAGGAACUAGAAACUUCAACCGAGCAGAAGGCCCCAUCUCAGCCUCCAGCGCCACCUAAGGAGGUUGUAGCACAAAUUCCAGUGCAUUAUCAGAUAACAGUUCCAACACUAGGGCAGGACCAAGCUCAGCAUUUAAACUUGCCCAGGGUCAGGGUUAAACCUUUGCACCUGGCAGUUCCCAGAGCUCCAGAACCUACAGCGGAGGCUGAACGUUCUGCAGCCAUGCAGCAAACUGCAGUUCCUCCAACAUACCCCGAGGUGACAUUUCCAAAUGCAGAGCAAGUUCAGGCUCAUCAUCCAACCUUGACUGAGGUCACUAUUCAACCUUUGGACCUUAAACUGACGAUAAGGCCAGAACCCACUAAGGAAGAUGAACCUUCUCCAUCCAUACCUAAGGAGGUUUUUGUAGCUCAUCCUCCAGUAUAUCAGGACCCAAUCGUUCCAACACCAGAUCAGGAUCACACCGAGCUUCCAACAUCACCUGGUGUCACAGUUCAACCUUUUGACCAGGGGCUUACCACAACUCCAGAACCUACUAUGGAGGAACAUUCCACACCCCUGCAGGAGAGUGUAGAUCCUCCAACAUACCCCGAGGUGGCACUUCUAAACCCAGAGCAAGUUCAGGCUCAGCAUCCAACCUUGACUGAGGUCACAGUUCAACCUUUCGACCUGGAACUUACAUUAAUUCUGGAAUCCAGUAGGGAGGUUGAACCUUCUCCAGCAAUGCAGCAGACCCAAGCUCAGCCUCCAGAGCUCAUUAAGGAAGUUGUAGCUCAGUCUCCAUUGUAUCCCGAGGUGCCAGUUCCAGCCCCAGAUCAGGAUCAUGCUGAGCAUCGAACAUCACCCAGUAUCACAGUUAAACCUUUGGAUCUGGAGCUUAGCAAAACUCCAGCACCUACUACGGAGUCUGAACAUUCUACAGCCCGGCAGCAGACUACAGCUCCCCUCCAAAACACCCUGAGAGCAACCAAGGCAUCUGAGACAGUUCUUUUUCCUUCGACUCAGUAUUCAGUAUCCACAGGUCUUCCUGGUGUAAAAUAUACCCCAGAAAAGAAGCAGCCGGAACAGAAUGCCACCACAAACAUCAGCAUAUGUGAGCUCUGUACCUGCAAAAAUGAGACGCUGUCAUGUAAUGGUCUCAGCCCAAAGCAGAAGCUCCACAGAGUGCCUGAGCCAGAGCCUAACACCUAUAACGGCACCUUCACCAUCAUAAAUUUCCAAGGAAACUUUAUUUCUUACAUUGAUGAAAGUAUAUGGAAGGCAUACUGCUGGGCUUAGAAGCUAAUUCUCAGUGAAAAUUAUUUGACUGAAUUACAUAAGAACUCAUUUGAAGGCUUGCUACCCCUCUAAUAUUUAGAUUUAUCCUGCAAUAAAAUACCGUCUAUCGAAAGAUGUACAUUUGAACCACUACCUUUUUUGCAGUAUGUAAAUCUGGGUUGCAAUUUACUCACAGAAAUGAGCUUUGGAACGUUUCAGGCCCAGCAUGGAAUGCACUUUUUACACAAGUAAAUUCUCAAUCGUAAUCCUUUGACAACAGUUGAAGAUUCUUAUCUUUUUAAAUUGCCAGCAUUAAAAUAUUUAGACAUGGGAACAACACAAGUGUCACUUACAACAAUUGAAGGCAUCCUCAUGAUGACCCUUGAAUUGGAAAAACUGAUCUUACCUAGCCGUAUGGCCUGCUGCCUCUGCCAAUUUAAAAAUAUUAUUGAGGUUGUCUGAAAGACAGUCAAGCUGCGUUGUGACAGUGAAUGCCUGACAGACGUCACACGUGGCCAAGUGUAA